AUGGCACAGCAUUUUUCACAUUGGGCGCAAAAUAGACCGAUACUGUUGACAUUGACAUCGGUCGCAGCCGUCGCAUUCGGAAUAUGGACCGUCACUCAGACAAGCCCGUCGAAGUCUGCAUUGCGAAGAAGUGGCGCCGUCCAUAGACAGCACCGAGCAGACUAUGGCACGAUCUCUUGCUCUAGGCCCACUCACGAUGCACCUCUUGGCCGUGUGAUCUUGACGAAAGAUGGUCAGCAAGUAUUCAAUUGCAACAUUGCGACGACUCCCAUGCCUUCGUACGAGGGAUACUUCCAUCUUCAUAGAGGUGAACUUGUGGACCUCCGUAGCGUCGCAUUGCGGUUGGCUAUUGAAUCAUGUAGGACUCCGCAGCCGGACGUCUUCCGCGGUCAGAUGGCUAUUCUAGGCUUGAGUGAUCUUGUCGAGGCAAUGCGGACAGGCACACGUGAUGACUUUGAGCGGCAAAUGCGUGCAACUUCGAACUUACCAGCCACGAGCAAUUUCCAUCUCGACGUGUCCGAAAGCGAAUGGCGCGACCUUACAACGGCGAGUUCGCAGGCCUUGGACUCGUCCAUGGCUCUUGAUUUCGACCAGCGCACCAUCAGCGACGUCACAGAUGUGAACAUGAGGCGGCGGACGACAGAAAAGGAUCCUAGCCAGGAGCUCCGAAGUCUGCUGUAUCACAUCGCCGAGGAGGAUGCCAAGCGCCAGUCCUAUGUGCACAGAGGAGUUCAUUGCGAAGAAUGCUCAAGUGUUAUCAGAGGUGUUCGCUGGCAUUGCCUUCAAUGCUUGGACUUCGAUUUGUGUUCCCUCUGUGAAGCCAACACACGACAUACACCCAGCCACGUUUUCGCCAAGAUCAAAAUACCGAUCCCAUGGUUAUAUAACAAGCUCGAUCGAUCAUUCGAGAACUGGUACCCUGGGCCUAAUCUCGGGAGUGCUGGAGAAACCUAUAUGGGAGUUGGCACCGCAGAGUCCCUCGCCAACAAGCACUCCUUCUCACAGCCCCAGAUUGAAGCACUUUUCGAGCAGUUCUCUUGUCUGGUCAAUGUUGAGUGGGAAGAUGAUCUGGAGCGCAUCAACUGGGCCUUCGACAGGCGCGCGUUCAAUGCUGCCCUGAGCCACCAACGGUGGCGAAGCCAAACUGCCGCUAGUCUGUUGUACGACAGGAUGUUCGACUUCUACGAUACUGACAAGAAUGGUCUGCUGGGAUUCGAAGAGUUUGUUUCUGGCAUAGCAUAUCUCCGAGGCGUGGAGCGAAAGGGCUCGUUGGCUCGAGCCAUCCGCGGGUACGACCUCGACGACGAUGGCUUCAUCGAUCGGAAUGAUAUGUUGCGCAUCAUGGAAGCCAGUUUCGUCAUCUCACGCGAGAUCACCAAUGAUCUGGUAGAGGCUCAGACGUUGGCCCAGAUCAGCGAUCAUGAUGCGAUAGAGUCGUUGCGAGGUCGCCAACCUAUCAGUUCAAUACUUCAGGAUGGCGAUAUUGACGAACGUGCAGAACGCAUAGUGGAAGGCAAGACAAUAGAUGCGUUUGGCGAUAAACAACCGGAUCCAUGCACCGCGACCAUAAUUGCGGCCGAAGAGAUGUGGCCUACAGAAUUCACCCCGCGGCCACUCGAGCCAGGGUCGUCGGAGGAAUACUUGGCGUACCGAGCAUAUCUUGACAUGCUCACCGGCAGGCCCUCGGAGACUGAGUCUGAAUUGAAUGAAUCGAAGGAUAGUUCAUCACCUUCGAAGACGGAAGAUGCUUUGUCACCCACAGAAUCGAAAGACAACGCCUCCGCUGCCAAAUUGGAAGAUGAUUCACCGAGCCUGAAUUUGAAACCUGAUUCAACGCCAGCUUCUGUAUUGGCGAAGCAAAGCGAAUCUGGCCAUCGAGGCAUCCUUUGGAAAUUGGUCGUGAAUAGCAUUAACGAGCUACUGGACGACAUCUUCAAGGAACAUGAAGACGAGGAGAAAGCUGCCAUAGCUACUGCCCAGCUUCGUCAUGAAAGGCGACGGGAUAUCCAACAAUAUAUCGAAGCUGAACAGAGGACCGGCGACGUGGCAAGUUCUAAGAAGGACAUCGAUAUGAUGACUGACGACUCUGCAUUUCAGACAUCUGAACUACAGCCAUGCACAUAUAUCACAGGCACCUUCAAUGGGGAGCCAAUGGAAUCUGUUUCAGCAGUCGCUUAUGAAGCGCAAGACGCCGUAUCAAAGCCCGUCGAAGAAUCCGAGCCCGAACCAGAAUCAUCCACUUACAGCCUCGAGAGAUUGGUCGCAUUGGAGAAGGCCGCGCAGAAAAUGACGAGUCGCGGUGGUCCGGGUAGACUGAGCUAUGCUGAGGUGGAGAGCGCUGCCGACACAAGGGACCAUAUCCGCGCGCUCGUCAGAACCUGGCUAGAUUAUGCUAGCUUCUGA